GCCGCCGAGGAGGCUGUGGCCCCGCGCUGGAGACGCUCAGGUGCGGCCCCGCCCUGCCCCGCCCUCGGCCCCGCCCCCGCAGGUGAGCGGCCCCGCCCGGCCCAGAUUGUGAGAGCAGUCAGUGUGUCCCCCAGAAAUCCAGGUGCUGGCGGGGAGCCUGGACUCACAAUGGAGAUUCCCCCAGCAGCCAAGCUUGCUGAGGCCUUUGUGUUUGAGGACGGGCUGGAUGUGCGGCAAGGCCUUUUUCCAGAGGGGGACCUGGGGGACACUUUUCUUCAGGAAAGGAGUUUAGGGCAGAUGGCUGUUGUCUACAAGGAGAUCCCUCUGGGGGAGCAAGAUGAAACACAGGACGAUUACUCGGGGAAUUUCAGUCUGUGCUCCAGCCCCGUCCAGCAUCCAAGCGCCCCCUCAGCGAACAGACCCCAGGACGAUGAGCUCUUCAGCCAGACCUUCCUCCAGAGAUCGGACCUUAGCCUGUGCCAGAUCGUUCACAGCGGAGGAGAAUCGGGUAAGCACGAGGGUGAGACGGUGGGCAGGGGGAUCUCGGGCCCCGGGGAGCCUCCCAGAACUGCCCAGCCAGCCAAACCCUACACGUGCCGGGAGUGCGGGAAGGCCUUCAGCCAGAGCUCGCACCUGCUCAGGCACCUGGUGAUCCACACCGGGGAGAAGCCCUAUGAGUGCGGGGAGUGCGGAAAGGCCUUCAGCCAGAGCUCGCACCUGCUCAGGCACCAGAUCAUCCACACCGGGGAGAAGCCCUACGAGUGCGGGGAGUGCGGGAAGGCCUUCCGCCAGAGCUCGGCCCUGGCCCAGCAUCAGAAGACGCACACGGGGAAGAGACCCUACGCGUGCAGGGAGUGCGGGAAGGAUUUCAGCCGGAGCUCCAGCCUCAGGAAGCACGAGCGGAUCCACACCGGAGAGAAGCCGUACCAGUGUAAGGAGUGCGGCAAGGCCUUCAACCAGAGCUCCGGCCUGAGCCAGCACCGGAAGAUCCACACCCUGAGGAAGCCGCAUGCGUGUGAGCUCUGCGGCAAGGCCUUCUGCCACCGGUCCCACCUCAUCCGGCACCAGCGCGUGCACACAGGCAAGAAGCCGUACGCAUGCGAGGAGUGCGGCAAGGCCUUCAGCCAGAGCUCCAACCUCAUCGAGCACCGCAAGACCCACACGGGUGAGAAGCCCUAUCGCUGCCACAAGUGCGGCAGGGCCUUCAGCCAGAGCUCUUCGCUCAUCGAGCACCAGCGCAUCCACACCGGGGAGAAGCCCUAUGAGUGCGGCCAGUGCGGCAAGGCCUUCUGCCACAGCUCAGCGCUCAUCCAGCACCAGCGCAUCCACACAGGCAAGAAGCCCUACGCCUGCAACGAGUGCGGCAAGGCCUUCCGGCACCGCUCGGCGCUCAUCGAGCACUACAAAACCCACACGCGGGAGAAGCCCUACGAGUGCGGCCAGUGCGGCAAGGCCUUCCGGGGCAGCUCGCACCUCAUCCGGCAUCAGAAGGUCCACGCCGGGGAGAAGCUGUAGAGGGCGGGCCCGCGCCUCCCCCAGAUGGAACUGGCACCCUGUCCUCCGUCCCAGGGACCUGCCCGCCUCCCUGGUACCCAGGCUGCCUAGAAACCCUGAGGCCCAGCAGGUGGACUGGGUGAAGGCAGGGGAGCCUAGGAAGGGCACCAGGACAGAGCUGCUCUCAGUCAGCUCGUGCUCACGGGUGACUCCCAAGCCAAGAGGGUUUAGUUUUGCCCUCUCUGCUUCUUCCAGAAUCUUGAAGAAUAAACAUGAGGGAGAAAGUGGAGUUAAACCCACGAAAACAGGAGAUGAACUCUACCAUCAGGCCCUUUUAGCAGUAAGCGAGCUCACAGUCCAAAUCCACUAAAGACAGAGAAAUCCAAAGUAGAGGCGCAGCAGCUGUCCUCGGGCGUUGGUGGGGUCAGCCAAACCAGGUUACGAAUAGUCUGGAAGGAUUCUGGAUGGGGGGUGAGCUUAGGCCACAGCAGGUCUCAGUCCGCCACGGGGGUUGGAGCAAGGGCACUUCUGGCUGCUGGCUGGUCUGGUCCACAGAGGGCAGAGGCUUGGUCCUGGGGGCCAGAGGAUGGUUGCCGCCAGGAGUGACCCCCUCCACCGACUACAGCGUGCCUCGGACGUCCGCGGGGCAGCUUCUGGUCUGGCAGCUCUCAGCCUCCUCCCCGCCAUCCAGGGCCAGGGAACCAGCGGUGGUUCAGACAGAAGGUCUGGGUUCAAGUGCCACUUCUGGCCCCUCCUGCCUCUGUCAUCUGGAGGAAGCCCCAAGGCUCUGUCUCCCCUUCUGUGAGGCAGGGACACUGGGACCCCGCCACAUCCCGCCAGGGGUUGGCGCCAGGCUCCCGUUCAGAAUGGGACCGCACUCAGAGGGCCUUUGUCAACUGGCUACUGAGACUGGAAACUGGAGCGAUCCCUGCCCCUCCUGGAGAGGAGACGCACCCCUGUUUGGUUCCCAGCAGGUCAGGCUUGCAGCCAGCCCUCUCCUAACACCAGGCUCUUCCACGCUCCCUCAAGCCUGUACCCUGGGUUGGGGGUGCCCUGGGCUGCAACAGCAGUGUGUCCCAUCCUGUACUCCUCUCUGUCCCCCCCACCCGGCUUCCCGCCCAGGCCAGUUCAGUCGGGCAUCCCCAGAGCUGGGGCCCACAUAGUGGUGUUUUAGAAGCUCCCCAGGUGAUGGGAAGGUCUCACCGUGUGGCAGGCUAAGAGCACUGUACUGGCUCCCACACAGCCCCGGUGUCUCCCACAUGGCAGGCCUGCUCGCCUGGCUACGCAGAGCUUGAAGGUGUUUGCGUCCCCAGCCCCCCGACCCAGGAGUGGGCCUGGGCCAUGACAUGUCUGGCUGGUUGGUAAGCAUUUGUCCCGGGCCUUUGUGUGUCCACGAUGGUCUUUAGUACUGGCUCCCCCAGGCUCCUCAGAGCUAGUGUUGGGGGAGGCAGUCUAAGCUCUUUUGAAGAUUUCUGAAAGUUAAUGGCUAAAAUCCCACGAACCCAUCAUGGUAAUGCCGGUGAUUUCAGCCAAUCCGAAGCUCAGCUUGGCAGCUAAGUAUAGUUUUGAUGAAUAAAAAUGGACAAGCCAUAAUUGUUCCUUCGUAAGUGGGGCUUGGUUGGCCAGAGAUGUUAAAAUGAGAGGCCUCUUGGGCUGGGAAGAUGGCCUUUGGCCAGCUCCUCUCUGCUAUGUGAGUAUGUGGAGCAUUUAACCAGCAGCCCAGGGUCCCCCAGAACCCCCACAUGAACGGGUGGACUGGCCUGACUGGGCAGCCCGCACAGAGGAGCUUCCGUCAUUGACCCGGAGUGAAGAGAGAACGCUGACACCCUUGCUCGGUGCAGGACAGCGCCCCCCCCCCCAAGAUCUACCUCCUCGCCCCCCACCCCCCCAUUCUGCCUCGGCCUUGGCCAGGCCUGUCCCUGUUGGGCAGGGUGAGCAUCUGCUUCCUACCUGGACAUCCCCCACCCCCCACCCCGCAUACUGCACACCAAACUAAAUUGUUUUCUUUGCAGCAUCACUUUGCACACGUCACCACUCUCCUUAAAACCAGCCUUCAGGGGCUGUUCCACACGUAAACCCCCUUUUCAGGCAAUCUGGGGUCCCCUCCCACAAGCCUCCUGGGCUCCUGCCACCCCCAGAUGCCCCCACUCCCAGCUUCUCUCAGCUCAUGGUGUGCGGUUCUCACGUUGUUGAAUAUGCACUUUCUCCUCCCUGCCACAUCCUUUCUUCCUUUUGACAAUUUAUGUGACGUGGGGGUUACGACCCGCUUUCUGAAGUCUCCACCGAUUCUCAUAACCACGGUGAGGCCAGGCGGGUGCUUUCUGUUCCGGAAGCGUGGGCAGACCUGGUUCCUUCGGUUCAGAUUCUUUCAUCCUUUUAUUAUGUAUUUUUAAAUCCUUUCAUUUAUUUAGGUUCUUGAACAGUGUGAUGUUAUAAGAGAUCAUCCUGGUAAUACUUUAAUUGUCCUUGAAUUUCAUUGUGUGUUUUUGUUUAUUGUGUUACCUUUUUUCCUUCUUUUCACAGAUGUUGUUGGGUGUUGUAAAACACCAGUUCUUGAUUGUUUCCUGAUGGAAUUGUUUUGUCAAAGUACAUGUUCUUUCCUUUCCUUUUUUUUUUUUUUUUUGAAUUAAUAGUUUACAUUUCUAAGAUUAAUUAUUUAGAUACAGUUUAUUGUUUUCAAUGUUUCUAGUAAAUGUGGUACUUUGGCCUAUGAUUUUUUUUCUUAUAGUUAGAGCUUUUUCUGUGCUCCAUAAGGUUGAUAUGCAAUAUUUUUUGCUAUUGUAUUAAGACUUUCCCUUUGGCCCAAGUAUUAUUAUUUUUAAUAUUGCAAAGCGGUGACUUCUGGGGUCAUUGCUGUUUCUAUUUUACACGGUAUGAACAUUUCUAAGCGUCCAUGGAAGCUCUCUGGGCUGGAGUAUGUUACCGGCUUUUAUGAAGCCUCUGUGCACUCUCAGGAAAUGUGUUUUUACUCCAUCAAUUCUAUUCAUUAACUCAAUUUUUAAAUUAUUUUAUUCAAAUCCAUAUUUUCACUAACUUUUCUUUACUUCAGAGUUCUUAAUCUGGGGUCUAACGACUGUCUAGCAGUCCAUGAGCGGGCAAGGGUUUUGAGGUUGUGGACCCCUGGGGACUGAACAAAGCCUUGUGGAUACGUGGACGAAUGAAUUAUUCUGGGAGGGGGUGGUCUGUAGCAUUCACCACAUUUUUGAUGGGCUCUGUGACCCCAAAGUACUUAAGAAUACUCAUUCACCUGGUCAAGUCAUAGUCAGAUCUUGUUUUUCUUCAUGUAUUUCUGUUUUGCUUUCAUUUCUGUUUCUAUCUUAUGUAUGCCGUUACUGUGUUAGUGGUGCAGUUAUCUUCUUAAGAAAUAGGCAGGGUAAAUGAUCAGCAAGUAACUUAUCAUAUUUGGGGCGUAAUAAUUUAAUAGUGAUAUUCUGAAAAAUUGUGCCUUUGAGUACCCUCUUUGCCUCUUUUAAUGCUUCAAGCUUCAACUUCUCUUUUCCAAAUAUAAUUGAAGCCCCUUACUUUUUUUGAAUUUUCAUAUGCAUGAGUGUUUAUUUAGCUCUGCAUUUUAUUUUAAAAUUUGUGUAUAUUUUGCUACAUAUCUGUAACUUAUAAACAGCGAAUUGUUAGAUUUUGUUUGAUGGUUCUUUCUGUGAUUCUUCUUCUUACAUGAGAAGUCCUAUCAUUAACAUUAUUGCUUAGAGUUAUGCAUAAUUUAUUUUCAUCUUAAUAUUUGAUAUAUAUUAACUCAUUUAACCCCAAAAGGUCAUGCUCACCACCUCAUCUCUGUGAAUUACUGUCCACAUGUGAGCAUCACUUCUGGGUGGACUGGAGGUCUGAAUAUACUAUUAGUAUUUGGAAAUAUUUCUUUAAGUUUCUGUUCUUUAUUACUCCCAAAGCUUGUUCAACAUAACUUAGAACAUUCCAUAGUGCUUUGCCUUUUAGCAAAUACUAUGAGAUGCAGCAAAGAGUGAGAACCAGGGAACAGUCCACCCUUUCUGAGGGAACCCAUGCAGUCAUUUGAAAGAGAGGUGGGGACCCUGAUCGUGUACCCCUCUCCCCAUCACCUGUCUGUCCCAGGCUGGUCCCCUCAACCUAGGAUGGGCCAGUUUGGCAAAUGGGAAGGACCCCACUGUCCCCAGGAUGUAGGAGGAGAACCCUGUCUGAGAUCCCAGCGCAGUCCUGAAGUCUAAGUGUGGAGCAUGAGCCUGGCCUGUUCGGAGAUGGGGUCAGCAGGACCUCCACCCCUGCCCGGUGCUCACCCGCCUGUAGGAGGCCAAGCAGCUACCUCUGCACUGGCUUCUCCCCAGAAGCUGACCCACUGCCUCCUCUUCCUCUUUGCCUUAGAUACUCUCAGGCCAGAAGCCAGACCUGCCUGGGAUCCCCCUGUGGGCACACCUGACCCAGCUUUUGCCCAGAGAGUGGGUCCAGGAGGGGCUCUGGGGCUCCCUGUGCUCCCUGGGUUGAGGGGGAACACCCCACCCCUUCCCCUCUAACCCAGGCCUGCCCAUCUGGUUCCAGGGCUUGCCGCCCCCUCUUUGGCCGCCAGAGGUCGCUGUCCCUUCGCUGAAGUGCAGGGGGACCCAGCGCCCAGACCUGGAGGAGGGGACCCCAGAUGGCAGAUUCAGGGACCUCCGAAUGAUGCCCCUUGGACAUUGAGGCCUGGAGCCCAGGGUCAUCCCAGGCGGUGGCAGAAUGGGAACCAGGAUGGGGGGACGGGCUUAGUGACCACCCAGUGACGCCCGUGGGCCUCGCUUGGUUCACACUUAACGCCUCAGGGCAUGCGCACCGCUGGGGACAAGGUCCAGGGUCCACAAUCCAAGGAGGAAUGUGGAUACGGGACCAGGAUCGGCUUGGACCCGGGUCUGUAAGUGAGCCCAGCUGCUCUGCAGAGCUGGCUGAAGGUCGCAGUGACCCCAACAUAGACGCCCCCGUGUCCCCACUGUUGCAGGGGGGCAUGAGCCGUCCAGUAAGUGCUGACCCACCCACCAGGAAUGCCCAGGGCUUCCGGGGCCGUGUUUGUGAAGGAGGGAGAGGAAUUGUCCAAUGUCUGUCCACACAAACGGCCAUUGCGGUCCGGCCAGCACCUGCUGUGUGUCUACAUGCUGAACUGUCUGGCUCCCCCUACUUGACUGGUUGGCUCCCAGUCCUAGAGACAUACGUGCAAGAGGCUAGAAGGCGCAGGUAUGUCGGCAUGAUGCUGUCCAGGUACAUUUGAAAACUUGGACAAAUCACAAGGUGCUCAGCCUGCUCUGCAAGGCCCUGAGGGCCCUGCCCCCUUCCUUGGAUCCAGCCCCGCUGGCCUCUUUGCUGUUCCCGCACAUCUGUGCCCGACAGCCCAGGCUCUGAGACCUCCCAGAGAUGCUGGAGCUGGCAACCAAGAUGUCUCAGAGUGGGUGAAGGAUAAAUAAACAGUGUACAUCCAGACAAUGAAAUAUUAUUCAGCAAUAAAGAAAGAAAUAAACUAUUAAGCCACAAAAAGACCUAGCAGAACAUUAAAUGUGUGUUCAUAAGUGAAACGAGCCAAUCUGGAAAGCUACCACUAUAUGAUUCAGACUAUUUGGCAUUCUGGAAAAGUCAGCAGUAUGGAAACAAUGAGAAGCUCAGUGGCUGCCAGGAGUUGGGGGUUAGGAGGGGUGAGUAGGUGGAGUACAGAGGAUCUUUAGGGCAGUGAAAAUUCUCUGCGUGAAGCUACAGUGGUAAACGUGCCAUUACACAUUUGUCCAAACGUACAGGAUGUAAACAGUUCUGGACUGUGUUGUGUCAGUGUAGUUCGGUCAGUUGUAACAAAUGCACCACUCUGGUAAGGGAGAUUGAUGGUAAAGGAGGUGAUGCAUGUGUGGGGCAGCGGGUAUAUGGGAAAUCUCUGUAUCUUCUGCUCAAUUUUGCUGUGAACCUAAAACUGCUCUAGAAAAUAGUGUUCUUUUUUAAUUGGUGGGGUGGGUAUAGCUCAGUGGUAGAGCACACACUUAGCCUGCACGAGGUCCUGGGUUCAAUCCCCAGUACCUCCAUUAAAAUUUUAAAAAAUAAAACAAUAAAAUAAAUUAAUUGACCAUGGA